AAAACGACGCAAAAUAUUGUAUACAAUAACAUUGGUAACGUUUAUUCAUUUAUUGCACAAUGUGUGUAGAACUGUAGAGUGUAGACACGAAAUAGUUAAUCGCCGUCGUCAUUAGUCAGUCAGUGUUAUCGCAAACAGAGAAAAUACCGGAAACCGAUUGGUAACGUGACGAAGCUAAUAACGAUCCCGUAAACAAGAAUCAAUGAUGUUCGCAGGCAGCUGCAGCGCUUUAAUGGAUCUUUGAGCCGCCGCAGUGUUAUCGCGUCGCGGACAGCACUGUAGAAAAGACGCGGGAAACGAUGAUGACAAAGGCGCCCAACGCGGUCGGACGACUGUCAAAACCAACCUGAGAAACUUCGUCGAAACCGAUUUUUUGUCAUUGAUACAUAUAUAGUAGUAUAUAGAACAACGAUUCACAACAACGUGGCGACGAGCCGAACGAAUUCGGAAGACUGCUGACUAACGUAGUAACGUCGGACAUUGAUGGUGCGGAGGGCGGACGCGCCAAUCCCCUCCUCCCCACAAUCACCGCAGUACUGUGGCAAAAACCGUACUAUAGCGCUUAUAACGUUCGGACGGCGCGCGGCGACAGACACCACACCGCACCCCGUGCACCAUCGUCGGGUCAAUCGUAGACCGUAGUCUCCGCUCGACGUUCGCGGUACGCAGCACGAACCUACACGGCUACACCACAGUGUUACGCACGGGUACACGACAAACCACGCCACCACGGUGAAUAGUCUUUCAUUGAAUUUCGUCUGUUGUUCAAGUGUUUUGCCGUACGUUCGUUCUGUGCCUGACCGUCGUCACGUCGCCUCCUUGCUACGCUCGGUACAUGUAUCCGCUCUCAACUGCAGAGCCCCUCAGCGUUGCGCCGGUUUUUGUUUCGCGUAAACCGUUCGAUUUCGUCUCAUUCCGACGAUCUGAACUCAGCCCACGCGUGUUGUCGUCGAUUACAAUGUGAAUACAGUAUUAUGUGAUCGUUAGAGCGUUUUCCUCCGGCUCCGACAACAUUAGUUACCACGUGAUGUUAUGGUGGUACUGGUACUGUCGUCGUACCGUCCGAACCAGAUAUUUCGGUGAUCCACCUGGCGCCGCCGCAACUGCGUCACCCCCCCCCACAUCCUACUAGUACAGUCGCCAUUUUUGUUUGUCGAUUACCGGUUCAUUUGCUACCGAACCGUGGUUGUGCUAGUACUUGCGCACGUUUUUUUUCGAAAUAAUGGGAGACGCCGACGACCCAUCCCGGGAUUCAAACCAACUCCCUCGAAACGACGAACUUGAUCUCAAAGAAGACGAACAUUACUUCGCCAAACUGUUGACACACCUUCAGACGUUCUUGCCGUUUCUUACCCAAGUGAUCGACAAUAGCCAACUGUUGGAAAUUCUACCCGAUCGCGUGUCCAAGUUGCGGUAUUUGUACGAGCUGGUGGACGCCAAAAGGUUGUCACCAGAUCGUCUAAAAACUUGUAAAAAAGUAUUUUAUGAUUUAUACGAUAACUACAGUAAUCCGUUAAACUACUAUUUACCUGCAGAUUUUAAAACUAGUUGGAUGCAAGAAACAAAGUUAAAUGAUGAAGAAAAGAAUGUAUCCUCAGAAGUAAGAUAUACAUCUAACGAAAGUAAUCAAAACCAAAAUAGUGAGUCUGAACUUUCUAGUAAAAUACCAGUAGCAAGUACUAGUUAUGAAAAAAUAGCAAACAAUCAAAUGGAUUGUCUAGAAGAUUUGACACCAAAUAAUGAGAUUACUAGUAAUAAAAACAUUAAAACUGUUAAAAUUGGUGAGUCAUCUUGUAGCAAAAAUUCAAUCGUUGAUCCUGUGCUUUCAAAGAAUGAUCUACCUGAAUUCUCAGACAGUCGUCUAAGGCUAAAUAAGAUGAUUGGUUUUGUAGCCAAUCUUUCUAUUGAAAAACUUAAUAAGUCUGAUGCAUCUACCCCUCAUACUGAACUUACUACACAAAUUUUUGAUGAAAUAAUCAAACAAAAUAAUGAUCCAGUUAUUUAUAAAGAUAUGUUAAAAGAUAUCAACAUGGAUGAUAUUGAUGUUAACUAUGUGAAAAAAGUAAUCGACGGUAUACAAAGAGCUAGUUUCGUGGAACCUGUUCAGCCACCACCAUUACCCCCUUCGGAUCUUAUGGAUUUAGGAGCAUCAACCAUAAGUUUAAUAUCAACUAUAGAACCAAAUAUCAGUGAAAGGACUCAUGAUAAUGUUUUAUUAAAUAAAUCUUCUACCAUUAUUCGUCCACAAUUGAACACUGAAAUAAAUAAAUUGCAUAAGACUGGGUUGUCAAACCAAAUUCAACCAAAGUUUAUAUCUGCUUUAAAACCAGGCACAUUAAUUGAUCUUGAAAAUUCAAAAGUAGUUAGUGCAUCAUUGCAUAUAGAGUCUCUUAGACCAAUUAUCAAAUCGAAUGAGAAAAACACUGAUAUUAAAACCCCUGUGGCUGACAUAAGUGUCCCUCGUGAUCCAAGAAUAAGGCACAAACCUUUAUUAAGUUCUGAAAACAAUGUUAGUCCAUUUAAUCCACCUGCAUCAUUAUUAUCAAAUGGGCAAUAUACUUUUCCAACUCCUUAUGCUUCAAAUAGAGACAAUUCAAAUGCCAAAUUAUUUGAGACAAGAGCACAGGAAAUAUCUGUAUAUGGUGGUCAAAGUUCGUCAAGCCAUACAUAUAUUCAACCCUUAAAUCCACUAUUUUCUUCAGAGCAUAAUGGUAGCUCUAUUCAAUUUAAAAACAGACCAUUGUCACAAUAUCAAAAACAUAAUCGUAAUGAUGAUAAAAGAAAUGAUUUUGGUCAAUUCAGUAAUUCUACCAUAAUGCAUGUUAGUCCAUCCCAUACUGAGCCAUUGACAAAGUAUUGUGAUCCAGUGCCAUACAAAUCUCACAGUCAUGAUGUAUCCAAGAGAGAUCCAAGAAUAUUGAAAAGUGUCAAGACUCAGGUGUCGCACUCUGCAGUUGGCAGAAUUCAGCAUUCUAAUUAUAAAGAGUAUAGAGAAGCCAAGUACAGGGAACAAAAUAAAGGAUUGCCAAAGAAUAAAAACCAAAUGAACCAGGACCAUGAUCAACAUCGUAACUUAAUGCAUGAUAAAAUAGAAAAAAAUAACAUCAUUGAUUCUUCUUACAAUACUUUUGGACCUGUAAAUGAAACAGCUAAUAUUAAAAGUUUCAAGAUACCCAAAAUAAAACAUAACGAAGAACUUAAUGACAAUAGUACAGAGAAAGACUCAAAACCUAAAACAUUUGAAGUUAAUAAAAAUAACACAGAUGUCUUAAAAACUGAGAAAAAUACCAAAAUACACUUGAAAGCUGAUACAAUCAGAGAAGACAAUUUAGUAGAUAGUCAGAACACUGAAAUAAAAAAAAGCAAAAAUUCCAAAAAAGACCCUAAAAUAAAUGACUGUAACACGGAUAAAGACUUACUACUUGGAAUAACUAAAAAUAGUAAUACAGAAAAAGAUCUAAAAAUUAAAACAAUGUUAAUGAAUGCCGAAUCAGCAAAAGAUGAUAGCAGUCCAGAAAUUACUACCAACAUUCCAAGUCAGGUAAAUAAGGAUGAACUUGAUUCUAAAUCUGAACAAAAUAGCAUUUUAAUAGACCGUAAAGAAGAAAAUAAGCCUAAGAAACAAAAAAAAUAUUCCAAAGAAAAAGAAUUUGAAAAAAUUGUAAGAGAUGCCAAGAGUUUAAAUGGUGAUGUAUGGGGUCCAAGAACAAGAAGUUGUGUGGUGAAAAAACAAGAAAUCUUAAAAACUUUAAAAGUAAGCAACUCAAAGCCAAAAUUAGAAAAAGACAUUACAGCAAAAAAUUAUAAAAAAUUGGAAUCUGGUGAAUGUAGUAAGAACCUUGAUAAUGAAUCAAUUCCAAACUUGGAAGAUAUUAGUGUACAGAAAGAAAUUGGACAUAAUAUUAUAUCAUCUACAUCAAAGGAACAAUCAGGCGUUAUAAAUUCUACAACAACUGAAAUCAUGUGUAUAAAUCAAGAAGAAAAUAUUGUUUCUUCUAAUGAAAUUAAUUCUACAGCGGAUAAUAAAUCUACAAUUGAUCAGAAAGCUUUAAUUGACAUAUUGAAAAAUCCGAAGUUUAUGUCUGUGAUAAGUAUAUUUCAAGAUAAUGAUAAAUUGGAAAAACUUACCAAAUUGUUAGAAAGUCCUGAUGUCAAUACCAAUAGUGAUAAAUUAAAAAAAAAAGAUGUAUUAAAUAAAGAACAACUUGGAAAAAAAAAGAUCAAAAGAAAAAUGAAAAAAGAAAAAAGGAAACUGAGAAAAAUGAAGAAAAAUAUUGGUAAAGUAAGUAAAGAUAACAUUUCAGUCGAUACUAAUUUUAGUCAAGUAGAAAAUAUAGUAAGAACUAAAAAGAAAAAUAGCCAAAUAAAUGAAGGAAAUACUAGUUCUGAAAAUAUUUAUUGCAAUUCAUUAACUGAUCAACAUAAAUCAAAAUUUAUCAAACGUAAAAAAUCUAAAGAAAGUUAUGGCAAUUUUGAAAUUCGCAAAGAUAAAUGCAAACCAGAAUUAAAAGACUUAAAAAUUGUUAUUGCUAAAUUUGAUAAAAAUGUUAAAAGAAGUGAAAACUUUAAUUCGGAUAUUUCAAGUACAAGCAAUGAUAAACAAACCAAUAGUCAAUCAAUAAAUGUUGAAGUACCUGAAGAAAUAAAACCUAAGAAACCUUUUUUGGGUCCAUUAAGUGUUAAAUUAGCAAGACAAAAAUUGGAAAUGGAACGUAGUAAUUCCCAAAAUGAACUGGACAUUAAAAACAAACUUGAAUCUGAAACUAAAAAAGUUAGAAAGGGAUCAAAAUCUGUUAAUAUAUUUGAUGAAAAAGGAAAAUUAAAUCCUGAAACUGUUACUAGUUUAAUGGUAGAUCAACCAACUGUUUUAAUUUGUCCUCUUGAAAUUCCUAAAUCAUUUGUCGAUGAAAUCAACUCCAAUAAGUCAGUUGAGCAGAAUUCUAAUAUAUCAACUUUUAAUGUUAACAAACCAGAAUUUAAAAAGGCUAGACCGUCAGAAUUAGAUAAACUGCAUGCUGAUAUUAGUGAAAUGUUUGAUUGUAAAGCUGUGUUAAAUGCUCCAAUUAUACGACAAUGUAGAACCAAUAAACAAAUUGACUAUGUAAAUACGAAUGUAGUUACGUCAAAAAAAAAGAAAACUUCAAAUAUCGAAGAAUUGGAUUCAAAUGAUGAUCAAAACGAGUUAAACCUUAAUGUAGAAAAAACAAAAAGCACAAAAAAGAAAGUUAAAAAAUCAACAAUUAAAUUAAAUACAAAGAAAAAUACAGUUAAAAAGUCAAUGGCAAACAAAACUUUACCACCAGUAGUUGUAAAAACUGCAGUUUUAAACAAAACAUCCAAUAAGCAACAGGAUAAUUUAAAAAAAAAAAAGAAGAAAGGAAACAAGAAAUUUAAGAAGUUUAAUCGAAGGAAUUCGAAGGUGGUACUGUGUGAUGAAUUUAAGUUGAAUAAUGUGUUGGAAAAUAAAACAUCUACCGAAAUAACAUCUAAAAUUGGCACAGAAAAUACAUUUUAUUUUCAAACUGCUGAUAAUUCUUUGGAAUGUAAAUUUUGUAAUUACAAGGGUACAGGAUUGAAUAUUGUUCGUCAUUAUAAAGAUAAACAUUGCGGGGAAGAAGUUUUACCAUCCAGAUUACCCAAGAAUUGUACUGAAUCUUUAAUACAACAAUCUCUGAAAGAAAAUUUCGGAUAUUUAAAUAGCCAAGAUUCAAAACCUUUUUGUGUUCAAUCUGUGAAUGUUAACUUGAAUGUUAACUUUACCUGUGUUUUUUGUCAAGUUAUAUUCCAUGAUUAUUUUAAGUUCUAUGAUCAUUUAACUGAUCACACUGGAGAAUACAGGUACAAAUGUAAGAUGUGCGAACAAAUUUAUUCAAAUGAAGAUGAUUUGGAUAAACAUAUUUUAGAACACCCAGAGUAUGAUAAAACUGAUGGAGUUUCACAUUUGAUAUUUCCAAAUCCAAUUCGGGGUGAAUACGUUUUUGGAUAUUUAUGUUCCUUUUGUUAUUAUAUUCAACUUUAUUACAACAACAUAGUCAAGCAUAUGGCAUCAAAACAUUUUGAUGAAGAUAAAAAAUUGAAUGGUCAUUGGACAGUUAUACGUAUUAGUAUGUCUGAGACAGAUAUAGGAUAUACAGAUUCUUCAAUUGAUUUUGUGAAUUUGGUAGGAUGUUUACCUCCUAUUCAGUUUGAUCAAGUUAUAUCUAAAAGUAGUGAUAAUGAAGACCAAAACCAACAAUUAACUGUAACAGAUUUAAAUGUACUAUCAAAUGAGCAAGAACAACAAAAUUCAUUUUUUUCUAUUAAAAAAGAGUGCAACGAUCAAAAUAUUGACGAAAUUCCACACAAGUUAAUUAUUGAUGAGAGUCCAGCAGAGUUAUCUAUUUAUGAAAAUCCAGCAGAUUUAACAAUUAAUACAAACUUUCCAGAGUUAACUAUUAAUGAAAAUCCUCCAGAGUCAAAUAUUGAUGAAAAUCUGCCAGUUAUUCAUAAGAAUCCUUCAGUAUCAGUAUAUGAUACUAUUCUGCCAGAGUCUAAUAUUCUCCAAUUUUUAACAGAACAAGCCAAUAAAUCUCUUACAAAAGAAAUAAGAAUCAGCACAGAACAGCCCGUGAUUGAAUAUUCUGAAUACACAUUAAAAGAUAAAUCUGAAAAAUGUGUAUUAUCUGGGUUAAGUUGUGAAUUGAUAAAUUCAAUGUUAUUGUUUAAAUGCUCAGUAUCAAAUUGCCUAGAAAAUCAAUUUUCAACUGUAGUUUUGAUUGAUUUUUCCAAGCAUAUAAAUAAGAAUCAUUCAUUUGUAAAAUGGGAUGGGAAUUGCGAAGCGUGCCAUGAAAAGCCCCAGACAGCUUCUGAACAAUAUUAUGUAAGAAAUGCGUUAGAACAUUUAAUUGCUCAUCAUUUGGUCCUAAAGAAUAGUGAACAACAUCCGGAUACUACUUUAGCAAAUCUUGGAGAUUCAAAGAUUGAAAGUUCAUCCUCUUGUCAUGAUACUGUCAAAAAUACUCCAGUUCUAGUGAGAGUUCGUAAUUUGCCUGGUGAUACAUUAUCCAUUCGUAAAUCUAGCAGUUCAAGUAUUACCAAUAUUUGUGAUGUGGCUGUUAAUAAAUCAGUAAAUGAUGAUAACAAUUCCAUAAUGAAAAACGUGAAUCCAAACAUUAAUCAUGGUUCUAAUGAUGAAAGGUUUCCAUUAUUGAGUUCACGAAUUUCGGAUAUUAAGAGUUUAAAAAAGGGAAAAGUAAAGACUUCUAAUAUAAACUCAAGUGCUUCUGAUAACAAUGAUCUUAAUAUGUGGAUGAAAGCAAAAACAAAUUGUGAAGUUGUUCUUCCGAAUUCCGAAAUAUUUCUUGAAGAAGGUCAACAAAUUGUUAAUAAUGGUGUGCCCGUAGGUGGUACAAUUUGCUUAAUAGACACAGCAUAUACAAAAGAUUAUAUUAGAAAAGUACGAGAUUUGCCGAUGAAUGUGAUGAAAACACGAAUAGCUUUGAAUGAAAUGUCUGCUCUACCAAGACUAUUGGGUCUUUUUAAAUGUAUGGACAGAUCCUGCACAAAAAUUUUCAACUCUAAAGAUUUAUUUAAAUUACAUAUGAAAUUACAUUUUUCAAAUGCAGAAAAAAAAAAAAAAAACCAAAUGUACAAUGUUGAACAGUUUAAAAUGUGUGCCUAUUGCUUUAAAGCAUUUGACAAUGAAGAAUCUUUGGCUGAUCACAUUGCUGAAAAAUACUCAUUUUGUGAAUAUUUUUGCCCUCAUUGUUUUUAUCGCGCUUAUACUGCCUCUCAUGUUUUGGUUCAUCAGUCUGUAGUUCAUACCAACAUAUCCAAACAUUGUAUAAUAAAACUUGAAUAUGAUGAUGGUGCAUGUAAAUACCCAAAAGAAAUGUUAUUGGUGGUAGACUUUAAAGAGUUUGUAUUGCCUUAUAAAUGCAACGUUGGUUGCUGUGGUUUUUCUUGCUAUCUGCAUAACGAGUUUGUAGAGCAUUUGAAUCAAGAGCAUCAACAGUGUGAUAAAUUCUGUUGUUACAUUUGUGCUACUAAAGAUGACGGCGGUGAAGGAUUUUUUGCACUCCAUCCAAGUUUAAUGAUUACACAUUUUAAGCUUCAUAACUUAAACAAAUAUCAAUGUAUUUUCUGCUUGUUUGGUAGUGAAAUUAUUGAUUCAAUGAUAAAGCAUUUAGCGUUUGAACAUUUUGAAUAUGAGCCUUUAUGCUUGGAGCGUUCUACGGUAUCUGAUAAUUGUGAAUCUAAAAAUAUUAGAAAUUUAAAAAUUUUAAGAUUGAAAAAAGUUAUUGACAAUGGGAUAGUAGAGACAGUAAAUUUACCUGCAGAAACAAUCUCUGUACCUGAAGUUGUGCCACAGCGGUCUAAAAAAAGAUCUAUUGAGUGUCCUGAUGUUCUAUCAGUAGCUAUGAAGUCUGCUCGCAUUGAUGAAGGAUCUCAACCAUCAGAUACAAUAGUUAUUACAGUUCCUGAUAGUGCGCAAAUGGCAGAAAGUAGUACUUCGAUGCCGUUAGCUAUUGAUAAUGAAUUUAUUAUGAUUGAUGAUGUGAACCAAAAUGAUAUGCAUGAAACACUUAAAAUAAAUCGCAUUUGGUCUGAAUCUAAUAACAAGGAAAAAGAGCCUAAUGUGUCAUCAAAUAAUGAUAUUAUUGUUAUUGAUGAUGAAGACGACGUUGAUUUGUCCGAGAAAGAACUUAAUGAGGGUCCUACAAAAAGAAUAUGUUUAGAGGUCGAAGAAUCAAUUAAUGGAUCAAAGAAGGCCAAACGAUUGGCAUUUCCAGUUAUUGAAUUGGAUAAAUUGUUUGUUUGUAAUGAAUGUGAAGAAGUUUUCUCAGAUGGGGAUAAGUAUUUUGCCCACUUAAACGUAUGUCCCUUUUGGGAUAGUGUGGCUGGUCAGCAAUGUCCGUAUUGUGUUAAAGUAUUCAAAACUGCAUUAAACAUGACUGAACAUAUCAAACUUCAUGGACCUGAUCGUUUUAAGUGUUACUUAUGCAAUUUAAAACUACCAUCCCAUCGAGCUAUUACACAUCAUAUGAGAAAUAGUCACAAAGUUAUACAUAUAGAUUUUGUACCUCAGCGUCCUAAUUUAUCCGAUUUUAAUAAAGAUGAUUUUAUUGUAUUUGAAGAUAAGACAGUUCAGAAGAAGAAACUAAAAAUAAAUAUGUUAACUUGUAACAAGUGUUCAUUUAAGGGCAAAACUCGUAAAAUUAUUAUUUCUCAUAUGAAGGCAGUUCAUAAUGCUGAGCAAGAUGUGGAUUGUGGAGACAAUGUAUAUAAGAUAACGCAAGAACAACCAAAUUAUAUGAAUAACUCUGUCAAUUCAUUAAUGCCUCAACAAAAUACAACCUUGAAAAGAAAACGUUCUACUAAUUUUGGCAACCAGAAAGGAUCACUAAAGGCAAAACCCAUUGUUAAAAACAAAUCAAAAAAUUUGUUUUUUUCUCCUGAUACUAUGGACAGUAUUCCAAAGUCUCAUAUAUUCUCAGAUCCGAUUAGUUGUUUAUUAUGUGCGUACAAUACAAAAGUGAGGUCCAAUCUUAUUAUACAUUUGAAUGGACAUACAAAAGGACAAGAUAAUACUACCAAGGAAAUUGUUAAUCCUGUACCUUCUAUUGGCAAGUCUGAACUUAUGUUUGAUAAGAUGAUCAAUCUCUCUGCGAGUUCAUUUGAUGCUAUGAAUACUGAAAAGAUGAAAAGAGAUGAACUUGAUAAGAAAAUUGUUGAAGUAGCCCCAGAUGGCAAUUUAAAUAUCUCUAUAUUUCCACAGUUCAUUUCAAAAAAUGUGCGGUAUAAAUGUUCAAUACCUCUUUGUACUUACACAGGUAUGACGGACGAUAUGCUAAAGACUCAUAUAUCAAUCCUUCAUCCUACCUAUCAGUGUUACAUAUGUCCACAUUGUUUACCUACCUGCAUUAUAUCUAAAAUUGUCGAACGAAAUCAAAUAGAAUUUCAUUUAAUGCAUCAUGGUGAAAAUUUAUAUCGCUGCCAAUACUGUGAUUAUAUUGACUUUAAUCGAGUUGAAAUGAGAACACACAUGAGAAAUACCCAUCUAUCAGAAAUAACUAGUUCAGUACAAUCCAAUAUUAUUGUAAUCAGACAAACAAUGUUGGAAGAUGAUACUAUUGACAGAGGUAGAAGCAAAGCUCCAUCUAAUGUGUCUCAAUGGAUAUGCAAUAUAUGUUCUACUGGCUUAAGAUAUACAGAAAAUGAGAUAACAUCACAUAUUUUUAUGGCUCAUAAAGUAUCAAAUAUGUUUAAAUGUCCUAUGUGUCAAUUUGAACACAAGGAUGAUAACCCUAAUAUAUUUGAAGAACAUUAUAAGUUGCAACAUCCGUCGGUAGCAGUUAAGUGCUUAAGAGUGUUUGAAAAGAUUACUGAUAAAGAAGUGUUGCCCAAACAGUCCAAUCAUUUAGGUGGUACUGAAAAUAUGCUGGAACAGCAAGCUUUAGAAAGUAUUGAACCUACACUCGUGCCUCCUACUUGCCGAGGAAUUCCUAUUGAAUCAACACCAUUGAAAACAUACAAUAAAUCUCGUGGUGUGUCAAAAAGUCCAAAAUCAACAACUAAAAGCUCUCCAAUUCAAUCUCAUAAACAGAAAACGUUAAUAGACGUUUUCAAUAAGAAUGAUAAAUUAGGAGCAAUAUCUUCAAAUGGUCACUUUGUUUGCCCUAAGUGCCAUGUAUUUGAAACUAUCAAUAUAGAACUUUUCCGUGAACACUUAUACAAAGAGGUCAACUAUAAAACAUGGAAAUGCUUGAUAUGUUUUGAAAUAUCCGAUUCUCCUAAGAAAAUGGCAUGGCAUGUUAAAAAACAUGGAAUUGGAAGCAAAUAUGAAAAAAUUGAAGAUGCUGAAAAAUUGAAAUGGGUCGAUCGAGUUGUUGAACAUCAACAUAUGUUAUUAGCUGAAUUAAAUGAAAAUAGUAAAGCAAAACAUGUAAAAAGUGUUGAGUCAAGUAAAACUGUAAUUGUUAAUAAUAAAAGGACAGCUUAUUCUCCAACUAAAAAAAAAAAUAUUGCACGUGUGAAAAAAGUAUUAGUCUCUCAACCUACCCCUGAUCCUGUAUCAAAUGACGAUAUCAUUAAUCUGGUAGAUGACUCCGAUAGUGAAUAAUUUGGCAAUACAUAAUUGUUAUGUAUCUAAGACUGACAAAUUGGCUGUUAAUUAAUUAAA